AUGGUCUUCCGCGACCACUUCGGCGCAUGGCGCAACUUCCCCGGCCCCCGCCCCACGCACUGGUUCUGGGGCAACAUCCACGAGGUGAUGCAGACGUCGCCGCAGCAGUGCCACCAGCGCUGGCUGGACAAGUACGGCCGCGUCGUGCGCGUGCACGACGUCGGCGGGCGCGCCAAGCUCGUCUGCUCAGACCCCGUCGCGACGCAGUACCUCCUCCUGCACCCCGAUGCGUUCAUCAAGCCUGCCGGCCCCAACCGCAUCCUCACGGACGCGCUCGACAAAGGCCUCGUGACGGUCGAAGGGCGCGCGCACCGGCGGCAGCGCCGCGUGCUGAACCCCGCCUUUGGUUGGGUCCAGAUACAGGGCCUCGCGCCCAUGAUCAUGGACAAGGUCGGCGAGAUGCGGGACAAGUUUGCGCGCUUGAUCGAAGAGGAGAUGGCGGGGACGGGGCGUGUCGGCCGCCGCAUGGACGUGCUGCACUACAUGAGCGAGACGGCGCUCGACAUCAUUGGCGAAGCUGGGUUCGGGUACGACUUCAACGCGAUCGGCGACGCCAACUCGCCGCUGCGUAACGCGUACACGUCUGCGGUGCAGCACGCGUUCGAGUUCGACGCGACCGUCAUGCUCACGGUCAUGGACGCGCGCUUCGGCGCCAUCCCGACAAGCCGCGUGCGCAACAUGCACGCGGCGCGCUCCGCCGCACAGGUUAUCGGCCGCGAAAUCGUCGCCGAGAAGAAGAAGCAGGUCAUCAACUACAACAAGGGUCUGGACAAGGAGUCGCUCGGUAAAGACGUCCUCAGCCUCAUGAUCCGCGCCAACAUGGACCCGGCGCUGCGCCCGGACCAGCGCCUGACCGACGACGAAGUCGUCGCGCAGAUCGCGACGGUGCUUUUCGCCGGUCACGAGACAACCUCCACCGCCCUCAUGUGGUGCCUGUACCACCUGUCGCUGCACCAAGACAUGCAGCAGCGGCUGCGCGACGAGCUGCUCGAAGUACCUGACGAGCGGCCGGACUUCGACACGCUCAUGAACCUCCCAUACCUCGACAAGGUGGUGCACGAGUCGCUGCGCCUCGAGUCCCCCGUGCCGAACAUCAGCCGCGUGGCGACGCAGGACGGCGUGGUCCCCCUCAGCGCGCCCGUGACCGGCCGCGACGGGCGCCCGAUCGAGGCCAUCCGCGUCCGCAAGGGCGAGGUCAUCGAGGUGCCGCUCACGUACAUGAACACGCUCGCCGAGGUGUGGGGGCCGGACGCGCGCGAGUUCAACCCCGACAGGCGCGACACGGGCGUGCCGACGCAGCAGCUGCCGGGCGUGUGGGGCGGCAUCAUGAGCUUCAUCGGCGGCCCGCGCAACUGUAUCGGCCACCGCCUCACCAUCCUCGAGAUGAAGGCUGUGCUGUUCGCCCUCCUCCGCAGCUUUGUCUUCGAGCAGCUCCCGGAUCCGCCAAAGAUCAAGCGCACGUACAUGGUCAUCCAGCGCGCUGUUGUGGUCGGCGAGGAGGAGUAUGGGCCCCAGAUGCCCCUGCUUGUGCGCCCCUACGUCGAGACGUAG